AUAACGGACAGUGGGGGGAUGCUUGGGGGAAGAAGCACGCAGCCGAACGAAACCCCUGUUCUCUCUCCGCACCCUUCCGUUCCUUUCUCUUGUUUUUUCUUCUCUGCCAACUCCUGUUAUGGUAUGGCCCAUAACUUAUGAAUCCACUCAGUGAGUGUGUCACGCACAGCAGAAUUUACGACGAUAAGCAAUUUCAAGCUUACAAUUCCUAAUUCCGAAUUCCUAUUCCCCUGCUUUCUAGGGAUUUGAUUUCAAUCCCUAAUUCGGUUAUUCCAAUCUCUCCCUCCCUUUACCAUGGAUGCUGAAGACGAGGAAGCUCAACACCUACAACACUCUUAUCCACUCCCAUACCUCUCUACCACUUCACCACAAUGCCACAGCACUGGAGUGGAGCCGGUUGAUGCGGCCACCACCGCCGAUAAUAGAGAAACUCUUGUUGGAGAAGCGGAACAGGCGGCGGUUGCAGCCAAUUCGGGCGAAGCGGUUGAAGAGGCGGUGGAGGAGACAGAGAUUGGGAAUUUGGGAAACGCAGGAGAAGGAGAAAUGCAAGUGGUGGAAGAUAAGGUUGUUGGCCCUGAGGUUACAAAGGGUGAUGAUGUGGAGAAUGGACAGGGCCAACAAGAAGAGGAUGAGAUUAUGGUGGAGGCAACCGGCGUGGCGAAGAUGGAAAAGGAGGAAGCUCCGUUGGUAGCUGAGCACGAAAUCAGGGAUGGUGAGGAUAACGUGGUGGAGCAGACGGAGGUACCAAAUGAAGCUGCUUCCGUGGUAGAAAGAGAACAAGGGCAAGAAAAAGAAGAUGCAGAAGAAGAACAGGAGGAGGAGGAGGAGGAGGAGGAGGUGGAGAAGGAGGCGGGUGGGGAGCAAGAAGCUGAUGCUGCUAGCGGUAUGGCAAAUGAAGCUGCUUUAUUGGAAGAAGACGAGCAAGUACUAGGACAGCAGCACGAGAAUGCAGGCGCCGAUGUUGUUGUUGGUGGUGUAGCUAAUGAAGCUACUUUCAUCAAAGUGAACGAAGGAGGACAACAACAACAACAUCAAGAGGAACAAGAGGAUGCUGAUGUUGGUGGUGGCUUGUCAAAUGAAACUGCUUUCAUGGAAGAGCAAGAAGCAGCAGAGAAACAAGGAGAAGAUGAGGAAGAAGAACAAGCUGCUGCCAGUGAUGAUAUAGGAAAUGAAGCUGCUUUGACAGUAGAUCAGGAAGAAGAACAAGCCGAUGCUGGUGGUGAUAUGACAAAUGAAGCUGCUUUCACGGAUGAACAUGAAGAAGAAGAAGAAGAAGAAGAGGAAGAAGAUGGCGGUGGCAGUGUUGGGCGCAUGGGAGAAGAGACAGAGCCCACUGAAGAGACAGAAGAAACGGAGGAGCAGAGUAGAAGUGUGAGUGGUGGGAAGAGGAAGCGCGGAAGUGGGAAAAAUUCAAAGUCCACAGGGAGAGCCCCAUCAAGGAAAAAGAUGGAAGAGGAUGUUUGUUUCAUUUGCUUCGACGGGGGUGAGCUUGUUCUUUGUGACCGCAGGAUGGCAUAUUUGCAGCAACUGUGAGAAGAAUGCUUACUACAUGUGUUAUACAUGUACGUUCUCUUUGUGCAAGGGAUGCAUCAAAGAUGCUGUUAUCUUAUGUGUUAGGGGAAACAAGGGCUUUUGCGAGACAUGCAUGAGAACUGUAAUGUUGAUUGAACAGAACAAUCAUGAAAACAUGAACCAUGAUAUGGUAUUUAAGGAUUGCUUUGCUGAAAACUUUGAGGGACAAGUGGAUUUUGAUGACAGAAGCAGCUGGGAGUAUCUCUUUAAGGACUAUUACUUAGAUCUAAAAGAAAAGCUAUCUCUGACAUUCGAUGAACUCACACAAGCUAAAAAUCCUUGGAAGGGAUCUGAUAGGCUUCCUUCUAAAGAGGAAUCAGCAGAUGAACUUUUUGAUGCCAAUAAUGAUAGAGGAUCUGAUUCAGAUAGCUCAUAUGAGAAUGUAGAUUUGAGUCGUUCCAAAAGAAGAAAGGGCAAGAAGCGGACAAAGUCCCGUUCCAGGGAAGGGACUUCAUAUGCUUCUGUGGAUGGAGCAUCUGCAGAUGAAAGCUCUGAGUGGGCUUCAAAAGAACUUUUGGAGUUUGUCAUGCACAUGAGAAAUGGGGACAGAUCCAUUUUGUCACAGUUUGAUGUGCAGGCUCUUCUGUUAGAGUAUAUUAAAAGAAAUAAACUUAGAGAUCCUCGUAGAAAAAGUCAAAUCAUUUGUGAUACAAGGCUUCAAAAUUUGUUUGGUAAACCAAGAGUGGGACAUUUUGAAAUGUUAAAGCUUCUUGAAUCCCAUUUCCUUCUAAAAGAAGAUUCUCAAACUGAUGAUAUGCAGGGAAGUGUUCUUGAUACUGAAAUUAGUCAUUUGGAAGGUGAUGGCAACUCUGAUUCAUAUGUGAAAGCUGGCAAAGAUAAGAGACGUAAAACUCGCAAAAAAGGUGAUGAAAGAGGACUUCAAACCAAUGUGGAUGAUUAUGCUGCUAUUGAUAAUCAUAAUGUUAAUUUAAUAUAUCUCCGACGUAAUUUGGUGGAAGAGCUACUUGAAGAUACAGAAAAGUUUCAUGAUAGAGUUGUUGGCGCUUUUGUGAGAAUAAGGAUUUCGGGUAGUGGCCAGAAGCAAGACUUGUACAGGCUGGUUCAGGUUGUAGGGACUUGCAAAGCAUCAGAACCAUAUAAAGUUGGUAAAAGGAUGACAGAUUUCUUGCUAGAAAUCUUAAAUUUAAACAAGACAGAGAUUGUAUCCAUUGAUAUUAUCUCAAAUCAGGAGUUCACAGAGGAUGAAUGCAAGCGACUCCGCCAAAGCAUAAAAUGCGGGCUCAUAAAUCGUCUGACACUGGGUGACAUUCAGGAAAAAGCAUUGGCACUUCAGGCAGUUAGAGUGAAUGAUUGGUUAGAAACAGAGAUAGUGCGGUUAAGUCAUCUCCGUGACAGAGCCAGUGAGAAGGGACGCAGAAAAGAGCUCAGAGAGUGUGUUGAGAAGUUGCAACUUCUGAAGACUCCCGAAGAACGACAACGCAGAUUGGAGGAAAUUCCAGAAAUUCACGUGGAUCCUAAAAUGGAUCCAAGUCAUGAGUCUGAAGAAGAUGAAGAUGAAAUGGAUGAAAAACGACAAGGUGAAAACUACAUGAGACCUAGAGGACCUGCUGCAUUUGGAAGGAGGGGGAGAGAGAUUAUUUCUCCUAGGAGUGGUCCUAUUUCGAGUGAUUCCUGGAGUGCGACACGGAAUUAUUCUAGUGUGAAUCGCGAACUUAGCAGAAAUCUGUCUAACAAGGGGUUUUCAAGCAAAGGCGAUGAUGUUUCUAUUGCUAAUGAAGUACUAAAUGAUGCUCAAUUACCCCAGGGAAGGGAUUGGGGUUCACAAUCUAGUGGCCUGGAGAGGCAGAAGCUAUCUUCAAGCUUUGAAAGUGGUACUAAAAGUAACCAGCUGUUAUCAACACCUGAUUGUUUUUCUGCUGCUUUAUCAGAAACUUCUGCAGUGUUGUCUUCUGUGGGAGCAGGUCCGCCAGCUAUGAAAAUAAAUGAAAGUGAAAAAAUGUGGCAUUAUCAGGAUCCGUCUGGAAAAGUUCAGGGACCAUUUUCUA